AUGGGCAGUGAUAAUAAUAAUAAUAAUGUGAUGUACAGAAAAGAUUACAUUUUGCUGAAAGAUUUCAGAAUGGAAAUUGAAGUAGAAAAUGAAAAGAAAUUUUCUAUCUCUUUUUGGGUUUAUCUUAUUAACUCUUCCACCGCAACAUUUCCUGCUACAAUCAUCAAACAGUAUGUUACAAGCUUGUUGCGAGCUCGUUAUUUGUAUGGUUUAAAUGUAGGAAAGCUUAGUGUUUUCCAUAUGCUCAUGAGCAGGAGUAGUGCCGUUUACUCGGACAUUAGCAGCAGUUCUCCUUUUCUUGUUCUAGAUGAGAAGAAGAUAAUAACACUUUUUCCGUUGCUCCAUGCACAAAGAGAAACUACAAAUUUUAGUAAUUCUACAUCAAUGGAGAUUGAGUUUCCUCUGGAAAAUUGGAUCCAUGUUGGAUGUGAGGUUCUUACUGAUAUGUUGCGGCUUCACAUUAAUGGGGAGAUUGUAGGAGAGCAGCCUCCGUCAUCCUCCCUUGACAAAAACUUGAACCCCAAAGAACUGAGGAAGAUAACAUUAGUUGGUGCUAGUGGAGAUGAUGGCAUGCAGGGUUAUGUUCACCAUGCAGAAGUCUUGCCUUUAAGUUUGUCCAUUAAGGAUCACUAUGACAAGGACCCACCUCUACGAUUAUCAAUUGAUCUCUCUUCCACCUCUGAUAUUGACGAAGACAGUGAUGGCAUUUGGAAUAUUGUUGGAGGCAAGGCUUCAUGUCGUAGGAUUUUUUCCUUGGAUGUGGUUUUGUUAAAUGCAAUAAGCCAGGCUGUAAACAAGGAAUUGGAGGUUGUUGCUUCACUUGUAUAUGCGGACAAUGGACUUCCUGUGGAGAAGACAUCUGAUGAUGAAGAUCCCCUUUUGGCAAACUGUGAUGGGAUUGAAUUUGCUUCUUGUGAUAGACCAGGAAAACUAUUGCAUGGGCGUGCAUCCUUGAAGCUCAAAAUAUCUCAGCUUUCAUCCAAGUGUGAUAAUAGGCUUUUUCGCAUUAAAUUAGAAAUUCCAAAAUUCAGUGGGUAUCAUUUCCUGGAGGCAUUUUCCCAUCCAAUCCGCUGCAUCUCUCGAAGUCGUAAUCCCCGCACAUCUCUGACAUGGAAAAGGCCAACCUCUGCUGCUGAACCUUUAAAUAAAUCUCAAUCAUUUGGUCCAUGUCAUGGAUCCUUGGAAUUGCAGCACAACUCCAUCCACGAAAUAAGACCUAGUCCAUCAUCAAAACGGAUCAAACUGGGGCAAGAAAGAACAUCUGCAAUGGAGCAGCCAGAUGUGGAGUGCUACGCUGAUGCUUGGACAACUAAUCAGGUUAAGAAUGCACUAGGGACGCAAGUAGACAGUGGAGCAGACAAUGUACCAGUCAAUUCACCAUCUGUAUCAGACAGUAUCGAAGAAAGGUUAUCAGAUUUCAAUAUGAUGUCAAGUAGCAGCUAUUCGAUUUCUGAUGUGACCAUUUUUAAAUACUGCUUGGGAGGCUUGACUGACAGGGCUCUUCUGCUGAAGGAGGUUGCAACCUCUGCCUCUGAAGAAGAGCUUUUUAGACUUGCAAAUGAGGUUUCUCUGUAUUCAGGAUGUUCACACCACAGGCGACAGAUAGUGAUAGCAAAGAGGUUGAUAGAGGAAGGAACCAAAGUUUGGAAUUCAAUCUCACAAAACAACCGCCUCAUUCAAUGGGAGAACGUGAUUUUUGAGAUUGAAGAACAAUUCAUGAGGAUAACUUGCUCCAGUACUAGAUCUCUCACAGAACAGGUUGCCUUUUCUUCUCUUCUUGAUGUACUCUUUGUGAACACACACAAUGUUGCUGCUUACAAAUUGAGAUUUACCCUAACAUGCACUCUUAAACUUAUUGAGCCCUUUUCAUACGACCUUGUGGUCAAGGUCAAGUAUAUUCAGGCAAGUUCCUGCCCUACAGGGCUUGGAGAGAGUAAUGGGAGUAUGUAUCUUACCAUUGCUUCACUAAUUGAUUUUGAGUUUCUGAGGAGAAUUGCUGGAUGCCGGGAACAUAUGGCCCAAGAAAAUUUUGAGAAGAUAUGGCGUUGGUUGUUCCCUAUUGCUUUUACAUUAGCGAGUGAUCCAAUGAACACAAUAUGGAAUUCUACAUCGCCAAAGUGGAUAGAAGGAUUUAUCACAAAGGAAGAAGCAGAACUGUCACUUCAGGGUCCUAGGGGCCUUCAAGAGCCCGGAACAUUUGUACUGCGGUUUCCUACUUCAAGGAGCUGGCCCCAUCCUGAUGCAGGUAGCUUAAUUGUUACGUACAUUGGCAGUGAUUACACUGUUCACCACAGGCUGCUUUCCCUUGAUUAUAUCUACAGUUGUGAGGAAAGGGAGAUGAAUGGGAAAUCACUAGAAGACAUGCUGUUGUCAGAGCCUGAGCUCUCUCGAUUAGGAAGGCAAGAUAUUUUGUUCUUGAUUUAA